UAGACUUUAAAAUAUUGCCAUUGUACAACGUUUUCCGUUAGUAGUACGAGCGGGUCUGUAACAGAUCAAUUAUUCUGUAUCUGUGCGUGUCUUAAGGUCGUCUAGUUGACCGGUCGUCCGAUAUGUGCUCCAGGGCACAGGCUAACGGAAAUUUCGAGUAGGAGACAGAAUUCGGGUUCGCGUUUUACGCAAAACAUUAACUUCAGCACAUAAAUAUCGUUUGGUGAAAAUGUGGACGCGAUCGCUGGGUCGAUGGCCAGUAGUCAUCUUCUUCGUCCCGGGCGUUCUUUCAGCGAUUUCCGCGCGCCGUGUGGCUCGCAUCCGAAUCUGCGUCACUGGUAAAGGGUGCCACUGCUCCAAGCCAACUGAGUGCUUCGAUUUCACACGAGAGCGUCGCGGGAUUUGCAAUAUGGAAACACAUAGCUGUUUCUACUGUCUUUACGGAUACCAUCUUGAAGCAAAUUAUAGCACAGAGUUCUACACUGGGCACAUGCCCCUCUGCAAACGCAGUGAUACCUGUGAAGUUCAGCGAGACUAUAGCGGCAAAGAACUCGAGGUGGAAUGCGUGGAUGAUUAUUGUGUCCGUGAGGGCUAUAUAACAAACGAGGAGUGCAUCUGUGAGGAUGGUUUUGUUAUGAAAAAGAUGUGGGAUGGCCGACGAAGAUGUACUGAUUCAAACGAAUGUGAGUCGACGCUAGAUAACGAGUGCCAUCCUUUGCACUGCAUCAAUACUGAGGGUGGACAUCGUUGCGGUUGCCGAUCCGGUUUUCGGCUAGUGAGAGGCAGCUAUGGCCGCAAGCAUUGCGAGGAGAUUGAUGAAUGUAAGGAAGUGAUAGGGCUAUGUCCGCAAGCAUGCCGUAACUUACCUGGAACUUUCAACUGUACCUGUCACCCGGGUUACACUCCCACGUACGAGCGCGGCAAAUUGAUUUGCGUCGAUGUCGACGAAUGUCAGAUUGAUGCCUGUCCCCCGCUCAUGACCUGCUACAAUAAUAUCGGCUCAUACCGAUGCUCGAUGCCUCUACAGGCCCCCCAGACGGCCGUCAGUUGGGCGACGUUACUUAUUCCGCUCGUGGCAAUAGGUAUCGUGGUCGGGCUAGUAUUCAAAAAUCGUCAACUGCAGAAGGAAGUCUUCCGAAGAUCGAGUGAAAAAUUGCUAGAAAAAGGACAAGAUCGAUACCAGACGCCACCUGCGCCCAGAAGCUCCAUCGAAGAGGAAAAGCAGCUACGUGAAAUAGCUAACAUUAUGUCAGACUCUAGCAAACAGUAACGAACGACUACUAAAAUGCUAGGACUGCCGUACACCGGGUGAUAGCAUAGUGAGUGUUUAGAAAUCAAUUCGUUAAUAUUGACGGUUUGUAUAUCGUUGUGCUGGUAAUUAAUCAGUG